GGCUUGUUUGUAUAGACAGGUGGCAUUUAAGGCUUUGCAGUUUCUUAGUUUCAACAGUGAUUCAGAGUCUAGCUGUUUUCUAGUGCAUUACAAUAGCAUGUUAAACAUGCAGGAUAAAUGAAGCAAUCAAAUGCAUUUUGUUUAAUUCAGUUAGCGUUUUAAUAUCCUGUAUUAAAUUUUCUUUGAAGCAUUUUCCGAACUUUUGAAAUUUCUCUGUUGAUCAAAAUGUAAUUAUUGAGGAUUUCUAAUGGAAUGUUUCAGAGAUUGCCAUGGGAACUAUUUUAUUAGAAAUGUAUCAUGAUAUAAUUAAGCUAUUGAAUUGAUUCAAAUAAUUUCAUUUAUUAUCUUUGUUAUUUAUUGUUGUUUUACUAUUUUCACGAUUCUAGAUGCAGUAAAUUUCUUUGUAUGAUGGGAUAUACAUUUGUAUAUUUUUCCAAUUCUUUUAAUUCACUCAAGUUUUAUUAUAUUUAGAGGGAAAUAGUCUGGGUUAUAAUUGAAACUCUAUGAUGUUGCCUGACCAUUUAGCUCAUCGUGUAGAGGUGUUAAAUGUGAUGACAUUAUGAAAGUCUUCUGUCGUGCAUCACAAUUGUUAUAUAGAAGAAGUUUUAAAAUCCAUACAGUAUAUUUCAUCAGUCAUAGCUUUAUGCCCUAUAGAUAUCGUAAAUAUCUUCUCCCCCAAAAACUACACUGCCAUUUAAAUAGCAACCAAGAGCUUUGAAUUUUAAAGUGGACUUAAAAAUCAUGCCUUUGGGCGUCAAAUCUGGCCAUGCCAGAAGGUUACUAUUAGUUAAGGUCCCUGACUUUGAAACACUUGCCCCUCGUCCCUGUUGGUACGUCUGGGACUUUGGAUUUUUUCAUGCGAGGAAGGAUACCAAGCUAGCUUGCAAAGGUCGGUGGUUUUACUCAGGUGCCUGCUUGUGCCAAAAGUAAGGCACAGGGAAGCACAUGAAAUCUUCCUCCAGAUGUGAAGCUUGAAGUCACCAUACUUGACAUUGUCACUUUCUCAAAAAAACCAAACAAACAUAGGGACAUUGAACUCUCAUGUUAGGAAGUUAUAUUGCUAGGCUUAUGAAAAAUUGAUGUUUAUUAUUCACUUUUAAUGCCAGCUUAGUGUCUAAAACACAAGUUCCCUUGAGUUCUUUAACUAUCUGUUACAGAAGCUUAAUAUUCAUCAUGUGACCUUAACAGUAUGAGCUUGACCUUCACCCCUCGGGAGAAAAUGACCUCAUGUUUGGAAAAAAUGGAACUUAUUGCAUAAAAGUUAAUGUGUAAUUUCGUAUUGGCAUCUUUUAUAACUUUGUGGUAUGGUCAUUAAUUAUUUUGUCUCAGAGCUUGGUGUAGAAUGUAAAGUAUUGCUUUGAGCUUUGAACGUGGGUCUGUUUAUUAAUGAGUUAUUUAUUAAUGAGGCAUUCAUUUGAUAUUGUGUGUAAUAAAGGUCUUAUUACAAAAAAGCAUAUAUUCGUGUGUAUAAGUAAAUUCACACAUUAGGAGAAGCCUAUAUGAUCUUGAUAGAACUUGCAUUUGCAUAUAUUGAUGAAAUAUAUAAUGAAGCAGUAUUGGAAAUAAAAGGAAAUAAAUGAAAAUUUAUAUGAGUGUGAACAUAAAUUUUGAUGAAAUGUUAUGGACAUAAUGUUGGAUGAAGUCAUGUGAACAUUGUGGAAUUAGGAAAAAAUAGCUUAGUAAUUAGGUAUGUUGAAAAAGGAAAAAAUGCUUAGACACUUGAAUUAGAUUAUGUUGAAAAAGGAAAAAAUGCUAUGCUUGAAUUAGAUAUUUUGGAAAAGGAAAAAAAUGCUAUACUUCUAGAAUCAGAUAUGAUCUAAAAAAGAUAAUAAUCUCAUAAUAGCUGUUACAUAAUGUAUGAUAUACCUAUAUUAAUAAUGAUCAGAUUUAUAUCGGGGGAAUCCAGUUAAUGAAAAAGGAAAGUUUUUUAGUGUGUACAAUAUACAAAUUCCUAGAAAUUCUACUGAAAACAAAUUACUAGAAAAAAGAAAAAUUGUAAGAGCUGGAAAAGACAAUUAGAAAUAAAUGUAUACAGACAAUACAGUGUGUAAUCUUGUUGAUUGAAACAUGAAUGCAACUAUGUGUAAUUUUUAUCAUUUGGAAAUAUGAUAUAUAUAUAUUCAUUUGAGAUGUGAUAUCGGAAACAUUUGAAUAAUGUUAUUGGCAUGUGUUUACACACAAAAAAUUGCAUAUAUUUGCCAUUUGUAAACACAAUACAUUAGUGAAAUAUGUUGCCAUGAAUUUUCUGCAUGAGUAAUGUGGUGUUUUAAACAUGCAGCACUUCAAUGUGUAAUUUAACUAUGCAUGUACAUCAGAGAUUUGUGUAAUGUAGCCAUGUGUCAACACAGUGGUGCAUAUGUGUUAUGUUACAAUGUGUAAGCAUCAUGUCAGUGCAGAUUAUGUCAGGAUGCUGCUGUAACCAUGUGUUCAGAACAAACUGGCCACUUGUACACUGGGGAGAGUCCCCCUAUAGACAGGUUUCACAAAUCUCUAUUACUGAUGAUGAUGCUCAAAUCAACAGGAAGUUACCAAAAGAAUUACUUCUGAGAAUAUUCUCAUUUCUUGAUGUGGUGACACUGUGUCGAUGUGCUCAAGUUUCCAAGUACUGGAACCUCCUUGCCCUAGAUGGUAGCAACUGGCAGAGAGUUGACCUCUUUGAUUUCCAGGUUGAUGUCAAGGCUCCUGUGGUAGAGAACAUCUCCAAGAGAUGUGGUGGUUUUCUCAAGGCUCUAAGUCUGAAAGGCUGUCAGAAUAUAACAGAUGAUGCUUUACAGAAAUUUGCUGAUCAAUGCAAAAAUAUAGAGGAAUUGAAUCUGAAUAACUGUAAAAAGCUUACAGAUCUAACAUGUGAAAGUUUAGGUAGACAUAGUAAAAAGCUUCAGCACCUAGAUCUGAGCUCAUGUCUAUGUGUUACAGAUAAAGCUCUAAAAUUUAUCAGUGAUGGGUGUCAUCAUUUACGACAUAUCAAUGUAUCCUGGUGUAAAGACGUGACUAACGAUGGUCUAGAAGCGCUGGCGCGAGGCUGUCUCAAACUCGAAGAUUUUAUCUGUAAAGGAUGUAAUCAGAUAACAGAUGUAGGUGUGGGCCACAUAGCAAUACAUUGUAAAAACAUAAGACGAAUAAACUUGCACUCUUGUCAGAGUAUAACAGAUGAUGCAUUACAAUUGAUAGGGGAACAUUGUCGUGAUCUUAUAUUCUUAUGUGUAUCAAAUUGUCAACGCCUGUCCGACAAUGCACUGGUAUCGGUCGCCAAUGGAUGUCCUGCCUUAAGCACUCUGGAAGUUGCCUGCUGUUCACAUUUCACAGACAAUGGAUUCCAAGCCUUAGCAAAGAAUUGCCAGACUUUAGAACGUAUGGAUUUAGAAGAAUGUAUACAGAUUACUGAUUCAACAUUAAAUUAUCUGGGAAGUUAUUGUCACAGACUAACAGCACUUAGUUUGUCCCACUGUGAAUUAAUUACGGAUGAAGGUAUAAGACAUUUAGGCUCGAGCCCGUGUGCCACUGAACAAUUACAAGUGUUAGAACUGGAUAAUUGUCCGUUAAUCACCGAUGCCUCACUAGAACACUUGAUGGGCUGUCAGAGUCUAGAACGUAUAGAACUCUACGAUUGUCAGCUUAUAACCAGACAGGGAAUACGAAGAUUAAAGACCAGACUACCAAACAUCAAAGUUCACGCCUACUUUGCCCCAGUAACUCCGCCUGCAUCAGUGGGCGGGGGCAGACAGAGGUACUGUAAAUGCUGUGUUAUACUUUGAUGACAAUAAACAACUUUAAAUAGCUGUGAUGUUUUACCUUCUUAGACAAAGAAAUAUCUUGCAUACAUAGUCAUUCUAAAAUAAACCAUUGUAUGCAAGGUUCUAUUUAUUCUUUAUAUAAAAUACUUGUACAGCAUUCACAACUGUGUGUAUUGGAUAGCUGGAUUUACUGGAUACGCUUCAAUAUUGACAGCUGGAACUGCAUUACUGAGUAGCGUAUGCCUGUGGGUGGUUCUGAAUUAUGACAAUGGUGGAUUGAUGGAGAUAGAUUCAGAGUGUUUAAAAAAGGAAAGGGAGUGCUUUUUUGCGUGACUUUCAAAGUCACAAGUUUUGAGUGUGUUAGAACAAAUUAACCAAGCCUUAAUAGAGAGUUGUUUUUUUUUCAAAUGAGAUCUUUUAAAGACUUUUCACUAUGUUAUUGAAUUACUUGUAUAUGUAAUAAUGAUACUUUCUGCUAUUUUAACCUUUUAAUAGCAUAUGGUUAUCAUUAUAGUGUCAGCUUUGGUGCACCAAUAGUUACAAAGCAAUCAAGUUAUCCCAUUAUAGAUUAUUUUUAGUUGUAGAAGCUGUUUUGUUAAUACGAUAAUUGGUAUCUUCUCAAACAUUGUAGAUUAUGAACAAAGAUGCUGUAGUGUUUUUUUACAAGUCAUUUAUGAUUGUCAGGCACUGUGAUAGCUUGUUUUAGUAGUAAUAACAGCUUGACUGCAAUGCGGUUAGGUUAACUUGUCAACCAUAUGAGCCGCAACAUGACAAAACCAACAUAAUGGGUUUGCUACCAGCAUGGAUCCAGACCAGCCUGCGCAUCCAUGCAGUCUGAUCAUGAUCCAUGCUGUUCGCUUACAAACUCUAUAACAAGUAGAGAAACUUAUAGCAAACAGCAUGGAUCCUGAUCAGACUGUGCUGAUGCCCAGGCUAGUCUGGAUCCAUGCUGGUCACAAACCCAUUAUGUUGGUUUUGUCAUGACGCGGCUCAUAUUAUUAUCGUCAUGGUGAUAUUACACUUGUACAUCAUUCAUUACUGUAACAUAUGUACAUGUAUACAGGACAGACUCUUUAACUCACAAUCAUGUAAAAGUUGCAUGCCUCCUUACAAUUGACGUUUUCCAUGCUAAAUAUCUUAAAUGGACGUUCUAAAUAUCUUAAAUGGACGUUCUAAAUAUCUUAAAUGGACGUUCUAUAAAUAUCUUAAAUUGAUGUCAAAAUCUUUCAAUCUGGACUAGAUACUUCAUUUUAGGGGAAUUUUUUCAAAAUAUGUACAUUGUACUUACUGAAAAUUUAGUAAGUCUGUGCAGUCUUUAUACUUAUAGUUGCUCAAAUUUAAAAGAUUUUCAAGUCUAAUUCAUGACUUUCGUGGGCUGAUACCUACAAUUGAUGUGCCAUUUUUUUAAAAGAUAACUAGAAAUUUGUUGGUUAAACAAUCUAAACAUUUGAAUUGAUUGUUUUCAAAGGAUGAUGAUUCAAACAAUGGUAUUGUUUAAAAGUUUUAUUUGAUAUGAGAUAUUUGAAAAUUUGUAUGUUUUCUUGGCAGACAAGGUCACAUUUUAUUAUGUUGAAACAUUUUUAGGGCCUCAGAUGCUCAUUGUGUUUCAUAUGAUUAUAGGAUGGAAAAGAUCAUUGAACUUUUUAUAUAAGCUGUUCAAGUCAUGUCUCUCGAAUUAGCAGAAGUUCUUAAUUUCCAAAGGGAUAGGAACUUUUGUGAAAUGGUCAAUAAAACAGAGUUCAUUGCAUAAUAGCGUGGGACCAGCCAAUUUAAGGAAAGUUGUCAUUAUAAUUGAAAUGGUGCUAUAAUAAUUUGCAAAAAUUCUGCAUAUAAUUUCUCUCAAAUUGAAAAUACCAGUUAAAUUAUAAGUGUUUACUUUGCUUAACAGGGACACAAAACUGUUUUUCUUGGAACAAGUUUGAGUUUGGGUACCAGUCUUAAAUGCAGCUCUGUGAUUGGUCUACUUGAACUUCAAAAUCAGCCAGUCAAAUGGACAGGCUUAAGACUGGUUUUUGGAGUUCAGUUUUGACACCAUUUUUUCUAUAACAUAGUACUCCUGGUAAGAAAAUCAUGAGUAUUUUUCAGUUUUUCAGUUAUUAUCUUUAUGAAGUUGUAAAGAUUAUUCUUUGGUGAUAAAAACUAAAAAAGAUUUUAAGAAAAUAAAGGUACGGGAUUAUCUGGAUACUGUUGCCAUUAUCACUUCACUGCCUACACCCAUGUGAUGGACUUUGUCAAAAAAUCAUAGGAAGCUUUUGGUUUUAUUAUUAUAAAUAU